AUGGGGGAUGACCUCUGGACAUGGCACAGCUGGCAUGAGGCCAGGUCACAAAUGACCCUUGGCUCCCCUGCCCUGCCACGGAACCCCCGCCAUGAGUUCGAGUUCCUCAUGCGGCAGCCCAGCGUCACUAUCGGCCGCAAUUCGUCCCAGGGCUCGGUGGACCUGAGUAUGGGCCUGUCCAGCUUCAUCUCGCGGCGCCACCUGCAGCUCAGCUUUCAGGAGCCGCACUUCUACCUGCGCUGCCUCGGCAAGAACGGAGUCUUCGUGGACGGGGCCUUCCAGCGGCGCGGCGCCCCUCCUCUGCAGCUGCCCCCCCAGUGUACCUUCCGGUUCCCCAGCACAGCCAUCAAGAUCCAGUUCACAUCCCUGUACCAUAAAGAAGAGGCUCCAGCGUCUCCUCUCCGGCCACUCUACCCCCAGAUCUCCCCGCUGAAGAUCCACAUUCCGGAGCCGGAUCUCCGGAGCCUGGUCAGCCCCAUCCCCUCCCCAACUGGCACCAUCAGUGUUCCCAACUCUUGUCCAGCCAGUCCACGUGGAGCCGGGUCCUCUGGUUACCGCUAUGUCCAGAAUGUGACCUCAGACCUGCAGCUCGCUGCGGAGUUCGCAGCGAAGGCCGCCUCGGAGCAGCAGGCAGACACUUCUGGCGGGGACAGCCCCAAGGAUGAGUCGAAGCCACCGUACUCCUACGCCCAGCUGAUCGUGCAGGCCAUCUCCUCGGCCCCGGACAGGCAGCUAACACUAAGCGGCAUCUAUGCGCACAUUACCAGACAUUACCCGUACUACAGGACGGCCGACAAGGGCUGGCAGAACUCCAUCCGACACAACCUCUCUCUGAACCGUUACUUCAUCAAAGUCCCGAGGUCCCAGGAGGAGCCUGGCAAGGGCUCUUUUUGGCGGAUAGACCCUGCCUCUGAAGCCAAACUGGUAGAACAAGCCUUCCGAAAACGGAGGCAGAGGGGCGUCUCCUGCUUCCGCACCCCCUUCGGGCCUCUGUCCUCACGGAGUGCUCCGGCCUCACCUACUCACCCUGGGCUGAUGUCCCCUCGCUCCAGUGGCCUGCAGACUCCAGAGUGCCUGUCUCGGGAGGGCUCCCCCAUUCCACACGACCCUGAGCUGGGCUCAAAGUUAGCCUCCGUCCCAGAGUACCGGUAUUCCCAAAGCGCACCUGGUUCCCCUGUCAGCGCCCAGCCAGUGAUCAUGGCCGUGCCUCCCCGACCGUCCAACCUAGUGGCCAAGCCUGUUGCCUACAUGCCAGCCUCCAUAGUGACCUCACAGCAGCCCUCAGGCCAUGCCAUCCACGUCGUUCAGCAGGCCCCCACUGUCACCAUGGUUAGGGUGGUCACCACUUCUGCCAAUUCUGCUAAUGGCUACAUCCUCACAAGCCAGGGCUCGACGGGGAGCUCACACGACACUGCAGGCACAGCUGUGCUAGACUUGGGCACUGAAGGCAGAGGCUUGGAGGAGAAGCCCACCAUUGCCUUUGCCACGAUCCCUGCGGCCAGCCGGGUCAUCCAGACAGUGGCCAGCCAGAUGGCUCCUGGGGUCCCUGGACACACCGUCACCAUCCUGCAGCCAGCCACACCAGUGACCAUCGGGCAGCACCAUCUCCCCGUCCGAGCCAUCACUCAGAAUGGAAAGCAUGCGGUUCCCACGAACAGUUUAACCACCAGUGCUUACGCCCUCACCAGCCCCCUGCAGCUCCUUGCAGCCCAGGCGAGUUCGUCCACGCCAGUGGUGGUCACCCGGGUAUGUGAGGUGGGGCCCGAGGAGCCAGCAGCAGUGGUCACAGCAGCCACCAGUGCCACCCCCACCGUGGCCACCUCUACUGCCACCUCAGCUUCUUCCAUUGGGGAGCCCGAGGUCAAACGGUCCCGGGUAGAGGAGCCCGGUGGGACAGCGACCACACAGUCUGGGGUGAUGGCAGCUGCCGGCCCCCAGGGCGCAGGCACCGGGGAGUGAAGUUACCUGCAUGCACACACACAAGGG